AUGCCAGUCAGGCUGGAGGAGCUUCCGUCAAGCACAGCAUACUUCUACGAACCUUCAUCGAGGACGCACGUGUACAUCCUUGGGACCUUCCAUGUGUCGCAGGCAAGCACAGAAGAUGUCCGGCAAUGCCUCCGGCUCCUCCGACCGCGAGUUGUCUGCCUCGAGCUCUGCUUGGAUCGCUUUCUGUGCAUGUUCGACUCGUCGCCGUCCAAAACGAAAGAGGAAAGAGGAGGGUCGAUCAUGAACAAGAGCAUCGCCGAUCUUUUCAUCUCUUCUGUUUACGCCAUCCUGCAGCGAGCGGGAAUGGAGUCAGGAGGAGAGUUUGUAGCUGCGGUGCAGGAAGCCAAGGCCCUUGGCUGCUCAGUGGUCUUGGGCGACAUCAACGCCACCGACACGUUCGACGAGCUUUCAAAGCUUGUCAGCAUCACAGAAAUGUUUGACAUCCCCUCGGCCCUGCGAGGGAUCCGGGGGUUCGCAAGCUCCUUUACACCGAGUGCAGGCGGACGCGUCGACUUUCUCCAAGUCUUCAGCGACUCUCGGAGGAUCCUCGAGCUGGUUCCUUUCUCAGCUGCCAUCUUUCUCAGCUCGUCAAUCCUAACAACGAUUGCAUGGUAUGCUGAGAGCGCUGCCGGCGUGUCGCAAGCCUCUCACGAGUCAGUCGAUGAUCUGAUCGUUUCUAUCCCUCUCAUCGUCAUCUUUGCCUUGAUCCCGCGAAUCCAUCCAGUCUUGAUCGAAUCGCGUGACAAGUUCUUACUGAAAUCAAUCCUCGAAUGUUGCUCCUUGCGCAAACAGCUGCCAGACACUAGGGAGCAGCUUAGAAACAACACAGUGCUUGCUAUCGUCGGGCUGCUGCAUGUGAACGGGAUGCUGCGAAUGGCAUCGAGCGAAACGGCACUAGACGAGGCAUCAUACCAUGCUGUGUGGUUGAAUGACCAAGUAUCCGGUGCUUCUCGACGUCCAGGCGCCUCAGCCCAUUUACAAGAACAACCCGAUACGUAA